AUGUACGAGUUGGUACUUUCUCGAGCAAACUGCUCUGAUGUGCCUGACCGACUCGACUGCCUCCGGCGGUUGUCAUAUGAAGAUUACGUCGCUGCUAGCUCGGGCCUGGUCUUCUUUCCUACCGUUGAUGGAUCCUUUUUACCUACCAUUGGCAGCAUUGCCAAGGCGGCCGGGGCCUUCUACAAGGUUCCUAUCAUAGCAGGUACCACAACUGAUGAUGCCACUUCGUUCGCGCCAACAGACCGCAACACAGAUGAGGAUGUCAAGCGUCCGCCAAUUGUCGUCGGCACGGGUUACACUAUUUCGAACUACUCAUGGACCAGAAUCCUGGAUUUGUACCCGGACGAUCCCACGCAGGGCAUUCCAGGCAGCACUGGCAGCGAGCGUUUUGAGGAUCUCGGCUACCAAUACAAGCGAGUUUGCGCUAUUGGUGGCGAUAUUCUUUUCCAAAGUCCACGUCGUCAGGACUGCCAGGUCUUUGCGGCUGCUGGCUUGCCUGUUUACUCGUAUCGCUUCGACACGCUCCCAUACGUGAAUGGGUCAAAUGCCACAUAUACCGACCUUGUGGGAACUCCCGGCUCGGCAGCCCUAGGGGUCAAACAUAGUUCUGAUCUUCCAUUUGUGUUCAACAAUCCUGAAAAUGGACUGUCGAUUGUCCUCGGUCCCAAGGAAUCGUAUCACGCGCUUGCAAAUACAAUGUCACGCAUGUGGAUUUCGUUUGCGGCACAUGGAGACCCUAACAAGCACGGUAUUGACGGUGUGCCACAUUGGUCGACUUAUGAAAAAGGCUGCAAGUCGAAAAACUUCGUCUUCCAUGCUGAUUCCCCUGGUGGUGGUUAUUUAGAAUCAGACACAUGGAGACAGGCAGGCAUGAACUAUCUGAUUCAGACUCAAGCAGAACGUGUUCAGUAG